AUUCCUUCCAACUUUCAACUCCAAACUUUUCAACACAAAAACCAAAAGGAAAAAAGAAAAAGCCAUAUAGCCAUAUAGCCAGCGAGCGAAUCCAAUUUCACGUCUCACUCACAUUCUUCAUCAAUCAAACCAAACCAAACUCCUUUCUUUCCUUUCCUUUCUCUCAAUCCACCGUUAAUCUCGCUGCUUUCCCUUCUCUCUCUUCCAACAACAUCACACUCCUUCCAGUUUCAGAUUCAUUCAUCUCAAUUCAAUUCAAGAAGUGGCAGUUAAUGUGAAUCUAAUGUAAUACUUCUUCACUCAUUUGUGCGUUGAAGUUUUUCUUCUGAUCAGCUAUUAACUGUGUGGCUGAUGCUAAAGUUUGCUGAUUGGUUAUCCUUUAGUUUCCUGUUUGUCUGGCAAAGUGAGAUCCUUGUUUGGCAUACUCUUUAGUGUUUCGUGAAGUACAGUAUAUAACACAGUAGUUCAAAAGGUGAACAGAUAAAAUGGAAAGUACAAGGCGCUGGUUUAGUAAGUUUAAGGCGAUGGAUAAAACGAAGCCUUCGAAGAAUAAGGAAGAUACAGGCAUGGCAAAAGAAGGGCUGCAACCCCCAACAAACGAAGAAACCCCCUCAAAUGUAACCCAACAGAAGGUUGAAGCUGCAAAGCAGUACAUAGAGAAUCAUUAUAAGAAGCAGAUGCAGAGCCUGCAGGAGAGAAAAGAAAGACGCAAUAUGCUAGAAAAAAAGUUGGCUGAUGCUGAAGUCUCUGAGGAAGAGCAGAACAACUUGCUUAAGUAUUUGGAGAAGAAGGAGACAGAAUACAUGCGCCUUCAGAGACAUAAGAUGGGGGCCGAUGACUUUGAGCCCCUGACUAUGAUUGGAAAGGGUGCAUUUGGAGAGGUUAGAGUCUGCCGAGAGAAGGCAACUGGUCAUGUAUAUGCUAUGAAGAAGCUUAAGAAAUCAGAGAUGCUUCGAAGAGGCCAGGUUGAACAUGUCAAAGCUGAGAGGAACUUACUUGCAGAAGUUGACAGCAAUUGCAUUGUAAAACUUUAUUGUUCCUUUCAAGAUGAAGAGAAUUUAUAUCUCAUAAUGGAGUAUCUACCUGGUGGAGAUAUGAUGACGUUGCUGAUGCGGAAGGAUAUACUGACAGAAGAUGAGGCCAGGUUCUAUGUUGGGGAGACUGUCCUAGCCAUAGAGUCAAUUCAUAAACAUAAUUAUAUUCAUAGAGAUAUCAAGCCUGACAACUUACUGCUAGAUAGACAUGGGCACAUGAAAUUAUCGGAUUUUGGAUUAUGCAAACCACUAGACUGCAGUAAUCUGCAGGAGAAGGACUUCUCUGCUAUGAGCAACAGAAGUGGGGCCCUUCAAAGUGAUGGACGUCCUGCAGCUCCUAAACGAACACAACAGGAGCAACUGCAGCAUUGGCAAAAAAAUCGACGAAUGCUUGCUUAUUCUACGGUUGGAACACCAGAUUAUAUUGCUCCAGAAGUUCUGCUGAAGAAAGGAUAUGGCGUGGAAUGUGACUGGUGGUCUCUAGGAGCUAUAAUGUAUGAAAUGCUUGUCGGGUAUCCGCCCUUUUAUUCAGAUGAACCAAUGCAAACUUGUAGAAAGAUUGUGAAUUGGAGAACUCAUUUAAAAUUUCCAGAAGAAGCUAAACUGUCACCAGAGGCUAAGGACCUUAUUUGUAGACUCCUGUGUAAUGUGGAGCAGAGGCUGGGAACUAAAGGAGCUGAUGAAAUAAAGGCUCACCCAUGGUUCGAUGGUAUUGAAUGGGACAAAUUGUACCAAAUGAAAGCUGCUUUUAUACCUGAGGUCAAUGAUGAAUUAGAUACUCAAAAUUUUGAGAAGUUUGAAGAGGCGGACAAGCAAACUGAACCUUCUGCUAAGGCAGGGCCGUGGAGAAAGAUGCUUCCAUCUAAAGAUAUUAACUUCGUUGGCUAUACAUAUAAGAAUUUUGAAAUCGUGAAUGAGAAUGAAAUACCUGGAAUUGCUGAAUUGAAGAAGAAGAGCACAAAAUCUAAAAGGCCAUCUAUUAAGGCCCUAUUUGAUGACGAAUCGGCUAUGGCUGCCAAUCAACCUGUCAAAGGGAGCUUCUUAAACCUCUUACCUCCUCAAAUGGAAGUUCCUGAGAAAAAUGAAUCACAAUGAUCUGAACUAAUUUAUAGGACUUGUGAAUGGCCAUCUGAGGUAUGACCAAAUGUUGAUGACAACUGAUAGUUUUCCUUUUCCCAACAUUCUUUUGUUAGUAAGGCGUUGAUAGAUUUGGAAUCCAAGGUCCUGAAACUUCUGGUUCUGGAUAGCUGGUUUCUUGGCUGACUGGGAUAUUUAUUGUGUAGAAAAAUCGUUUAAGGUGUAUAUUCUUCAAUUCACCUUUUAUCAAAGCUGCAAUGGGCUACAUAUAUCUUGUAAUUAAGUUACUGCUGAAUCAUUUCACCCAUUUUUGUACUAUAUAUAGGGUUUGAUUAUUAUAGGUUUUCUUUUUGGACUCAAUUGUUUGUAGGCUAACAUUCUCUCCUAUCUGAUUUCUAUGAGAAAAUCUUUGAACCUCAAA